GCCACGGCAUGCACUGCCCCUGUCAUUUCAAUUGCAUGUCUUUGGAAUAUUUUCCCGAUUUCUUUACACAACACAUUCCGAACGGCAGUGACGAUUUGAAUAACACCCGAAUCGAAAUGGCCGCCUACUUUCGUCAGCACACAAUGCAGGUGUAUGAGACAUCGGCUGUGUAUCCGUUUGUGGAUUUGAUUGCUUCAUUUGGCGGUCUGGCCGGUCUCUUCUUUGGCUGCUCUCUGAUUGGCAUCACGGAAAUUGUGUAUUUUUUCUUCUUUGAUGUCCCCAAGCGGGGCGCUCAUAGCUUACGCUCUGCCAAUCGUUCGAAUUUGAAGCGGCAAAGUUUACAAGCCAAACGGAUCAUUGUAAAGCAGUAUUCGAAAGCAGAACUUAUUUUACGGGACAAUAUCUAAAAAAAU